AGUUUUUUUUUAAAGAUAAUGUAAAUGUAUUCCUGCUUGUGUUUUAUAAAGUUAUAGCUUCCCUUAAAAAAGAAGUUAUAGCCACUUAUUAUAUAACUGGCUUAAAAGAGAGCUCAUAAAACCUAAGACAUGAAGAUGAAAAACUAAUAAUAGCAACACUAAAGAAGAAACUUUUAUUCAAGUCUAUUUGUAAAUCUCCAACUGUAGUUAACAAAAUUAUUCAUAGCCGUUGACUCUAGAUUUUGGCGUGCAGUAUGCAUUAGCUCGUUUUUCUCGUCACACCUUUGUAAAUCGUAAGUACUUGUCCUAAAAUUAGUGGACAUCAGUAUGAUAAUGUCAAAUUUACGAUUUAAUUUGGAUCUGGAUGAAUUGAGUGCUUACCCGAAAACUAGUCAUCUGGCCACAUAUGUCAAGCCUACCGUGCGAUACUGUGCUCGUUGUCACUGAACCCGUACGCUUGUGCGUGCGUAUGCUGAGAUUUGGUGCAGCAUGCGAUCCAUCGGCGUGUGCUACGGCAUGAACGGCGACGGCCUCCCGUCGCGGAGCAACGUCGUGCAGCUCUACAAGUCCAACGGCAUCGGCGCCAUGCGCAUCUACUCCGCCGACCGCGAGGCCCUCGACGCCCUGCGCGGCUCGGGCAUCGACCUCGCCCUCGACGUCGGCGAACGGAACGACGUCGGCCAGCUCGCGGCCAACGCGGACUCCUGGGUCCAGGACAACGUGAAGGCUUACUACCCGGACGUCAAGAUCAAGUACAUCGUCGUCGGCAACGAGCUCACCGGCACCGGCGACGCGGCGAGCAUCCUCCCGGCCAUGCAGAACGUCCAGGCCGCCCUCGCGUCCGCAGGCCUCGCGGACAGCAUCAAGGUGACCACCGCCAUCAAGAUGGACACGCUCGCCGCCUCAUCGCCGCCGUCCGCCGGCGUGUUCACCAACCCAUCCGUCAUGGAGCCCAUCGUGAGGUUCCUCACCGGCAACGGCGCGCCGCUCCUGGCCAACGUGUACCCCUACUUCGCGUACAGGGACAGCCAGGACAUCGACCUCAGCUACGCGCUCUUCCAGCCGAGCUCGACCACGGUGAGCGACCCCAACGGCGGCGGGCUGAGCUACACGAACCUCUUCGACGCCAUGGUCGACGCCGUCCGCGCCGCGGUGGAGAAGGUGAGCGGCGGCGGAAGCAGCGUCGUCGACGUCGUGGUGUCGGAGAGCGGGUGGCCGUCGGACGGCGGGAAGGGGGCCACCGUGGAGAACGCGCGGGCGUACAACCAGAAUCUGAUCGACCACGUCGCCCAAGGCACGCCGAAGAAGCCCGGGCAGAUGGAGGUGUACGUGUUCGCCUUGUUCAACGAGAACCGGAAGGAAGGCGACGCCACGGAGAAGAAGUUUGGGCUGUUCAAUCCAAGACAAGACACCGGUUUACCCAAUCACUUUCUGAAAAAUUACUCCAAUACGGAAUAUGUACUACGUCGUACAGUAUAUAUCAUGUGCUUAAUCUGGUGCUUACGAAUCAAAAUCUGUUAGAAUUUGUAUGUGCCAGAUGUUGAACAUGAACAGUCGUUGAACACUCACCCACCACAUGUGCACAUAUGUACUUUUAAACAAGCUCAUGUUUCAAUUGUAACAUUUGGUUAACGAAUAUUUUGGUUGGAUUUGGAAAGGUAGGAAUGCACGGUAACUUUUGGAACA